AGGGCAGCCUGCAGGGCAGGAGGGGAGUGAUGAGGAGGUGUUUUCUGCUGAUGUGUGCACCAGUGAUGGAGAUGAAGCACGUAUAUUUAGAGGAGAUGGGCAGGGAUGAAGAGGAAAGGAUCUCCUGCAGCUUGACACACUGAGUCUAACCCCAUUAAGUAAAAGCGACCAUGGAAGCUGCCAUCACCACCAUUGUCAGCCAGUUCAAGAUGUACGCUGGGAAUGAAGGAUCCUCCACCACGCUGAGUAAAGAUGAGUUCCAUAAGCUGGUGACCUCCCAACUUCCCAACUUUGUCAAGAACGCCAGCGACCCCGGGACGAUCGACCAGCUCAUGAGCUCCAUAGACGAAAACAACGAUGGGGAGCUGACGUUCUCUGAGUUCUGGCAGCUGAUUGGAAAACUAGCAGGCAAACAGGGGGGCUUCAACUAGUAGACCCAAACCCAACUGGCUGCUUUUCAUUCCUGCCAUCCGGCAUACUGCAUGCCAUCUGAGUUCUUCUUAUCUCUGUGCCAGUGCAACAUGUGUAACUGCAUAGUUAACCAUUUGUUCAAUGGGAGGAACUUUGAAUUAAAGGCUCUAUUGUUUUAAACCCUGAACCACCA